AUGAAUUACUUACAGCUGACGUUCCUGCGUUCAGAGGAUACAAAGGUCAAGAAAAUAUGGUUAGUUUAUUGGUGGAACUUUGAUCCUUUAUUUCCACAGAAGGUAAAGGGGAAACUUCUUGUUGUUCAGAUCCAAAACGUCGAAAGAGCCGAAAGCAAACAACAUGUUCAGGUUUUCUCUAAUAGUCUGUGUUUCUCUGAUAUUUGGCAUCACUGCAAAGCCAUAUAAACCCGGGAAUAAAGAUGAAGCAUACCAGGAUACCGUUAUGUCCUUAGAUGACAAAGGGAAGAUGUCCUGGCAAGUGGAGCCUCCUGAAGACAUGGAUGGGACUGACUAUGACAUCGACCCUAGCAUGCAGAUUUGGAAGAGUAUGAACAGCGGUGGACCGGACAAACGGCCCCUGAAGGCCGAAGAAGACUUGGAUGAGCUGUACCACCCUUCAAUGGUUGAUCUCAAUGUUCAAAUCCCAAACCUGGAUGCCGUCCCCGCUGCCGACAUCCAAGCAGAGCCCUGGCAGGAAGAAGUCAACAUGAAGUACAAUCAGGAACCAGAGGAGGAUAGAGAUGACAUCGACCACCCUGGUUUCAGUGAGGUGGUCUCAGACGAGCCUGAGCAGGACUUGGAUGAAGUCUACCACAAACCGAGGGAGGAGCUGGCUAGAUACCUGGUUCCAAUAGUGGCUGAAUACGAAGCUGGUGCAGAGAUCAGCGUUGCUCACUCUGAACCAGAGGAGGACGAGGACGAGCUGUAUCACGGCGACGAGCAGUAUUCCCCUGUACAGAUGGAGCCGCUGAACGAUGAGGUCAUGGGUGCAAGUGAGGUCAGAGUUCAUCUCCAACCAGAGGAGGACAUGGACGACCUGUACCACAAAGAUCUACUGGAGCUCAUCCCUUACCAAGAUGAUACUAAAGCUGCCGCUCCUGUUUAUGUGCCGUCUCAGAGGAAGCACAGCGAACCAGAGGAAGAUCUGGACGAUCUCUAUCACCAGUGAUCCUUCCACAACUCAUCCUGUGUAGCUCCGUAUCAUUUCAGAUCAGACACAAACAUAGCUGAUACACAGGUAAAUCAGAAGUGCUAUUUGAUUUUGUUAAUCAACAAGAAUAAACACAUCUAAAUCACACACUCA